AUGGGGUCUAAUUUCAACUUCAAGAACUUUGGUGAUGUACCACCUGGGGAAGGCAAUGGUGGGAAGGCAGCAGGAAAUUUUAUGUUGGCCCGGCAGUCUUCCGUGUACUCUCUGACGUUCGAUGAGUUCCAGAACACCAUAGGUGGACUUGGAAAGGAUUUUGGAUCUAUGAACAUGGAUGAACUUUUGAAAAAUAUAUGGACUGCUGAAGAGACUCAAGGCGUGACAUCUACUUCUGGGGCUGGAGAAGGAAGUGCUCCUGGGGGUAAUUUGCAGAGACAAGGGUCAUUAACUUUGCCACGAACACUUAGUCAGAAGACAGUUGAUGAGGUUUGGAAAGACUUGACUAGAGAGACAAGUGAUGCUAAAUAUAAUACUGUUGCUAUGGGUUCAAAUUUGCCACAGAGACAACAAACUUUGGGAGAGAUGACUUUGGAGGAGUUUUUGGUGAGAGCAGGGGUUGUGAGAGAAGAUGUCCAACCAGUUGUAAGGCCUAAUAAUAGUGGAUUCUAUGGUGAAUUAUACCGUCCAAAUAACCACAAUGGUUUAGCUCCCGGAUUUCAACAACCAAGUCGAACCAACGGUCUUUUAGGUAAUCAAGUUGCAGAUAACAAUAAUUCGGUUCUUAACCAGUCUCCCAAUUUAGCACUUAAUGUUGGUGGAGUUAGAUCUUCUCAGCAACAAACACAGCAGCUGCCCCCACAACAGCAGCCACUCUUCCCCAAGCCUACAAAUGUAGCGUUUGCCCCUUCUAUGCAUUUAACAAACAAUGCUCAGUUAACAAGCCCGAGAACCAGGGGACCAAUGACUGGGGUUGUGGAACCUUCUAUGAACACUGUUUUCGCUCAAGGUGGUGGGUUUCCAGGUGCAGGAAUUGGAAUGACUGGUUUAGGUACUGGGGGCGGUGCAGUUGCAGCAAGAUCUCCCACAAAUCAGAUAUCACCAGAUGUGAUUGCUAAGAGCAGUGGGGAUACAUCGUCGUUGUCACCAGUUCCUUACAUGUUUAGCCGGGGAAGGAAGUCCAAUGGAGCUUUGGAGAAAGUAGUUGAGAGAAGGCAAAGGAGAAUGAUAAAAAACAGAGAGUCUGCUGCAAGGUCCCGAGCUCGUAAACAGGCCUAUACCUUGGAACUAGAGGCAGAAGUUGCAAAACUUAAAGAAAUGAAUGAAGAAUUACAGAGAAAACAGACAGAAAUAAUGGAAAUGCAGAAAGAUCAGAUUUUGGAGACAGUGAAGCGGCAAAGGGGAGCUCUAGUAUUUUGGGAAGGUGGAGGAGGGAAUGCUGGAGAUAUGGCCCCAAAAACAUAA